AUGGAGUCAUGUCUUAUUUUACCAUCGCCACCAACUGGCAAAUGUCGUCAAAUUGAAUUAGCUGGUAUUGAUCUAUGGAUUAUUCCACGUAUUGAUAAUGUGUUUGUAUAUCCUGCUGAUUUGAAUAUUAAUCGAUUGAAACAAGCACUUGGUCGUACUCUUUCUUUAUGGCCUCUAGUUGCUGGACGUUUCCUUUUACUCAAUGAUAAACAAUAUGUUAUUGAAAUGUCCGACAAUGGUAUUCCAUUUUCAUUGGUGGAAAAUAAUGAACUAGUUCAAUGGCCUAUCAAUUUAAAUGUCCUGUUAGAUAGUGCAGAAGGUCGACUACAAAUGUUUGUCGAUGAAGCAUCAACUAAUAAACUACAUUGUGGUUCUGCAGAUGAACCACUUUUUCGUUUAAAAAUGACUCAUCUCGUUCAAAGUGGAGAAUGGAUAAUGGGUAUUAGUUGGGUACAUGUUCUUGGUGAUGCUUAUGCUUGUUUAACAUUUUUAAAUACACUAUCACGUUUAUAUCAACAACUUGAACCAUUAGAACCAUUACCUAUUUUUGAACGUCGAUUAUGGAAUAGAGAAAAUGCUGAUCAAUCUCUUUUACCAUUUAUGAGACAUUUAACUAAUGCAUUAUCACUUGAACAAAGUGUUGAAAGAAGUGUAAACGAACAAAUUACACAUGAUCAAAUAAAUAUACAUUUUUCUGGUGAACAACUCGUUCGACUUCAUAAUAUCGCUGACAAUAGCAUGUUUACUAUUCAAGAUGUGAUGACUUCUUAUAUUAUUCUUACUUUAAAUACUCAUUGUUUUGAUAAAGAUGACGAACAAUUUAUUCAACAUACAAAUAUGAUUGUCAAUUUUCGUAAUGUAUCGGAUUCAAUUGCUCCUUCUAAUCUCAUAGCUAAUUGUACUUUACGAAUGUUGUCAGAAAAUUUCGAUGAUCCCUAUUCUCUUUCAAGUAUUGCAAAAUCAAUUCGUCGUUCGGUGAUUCGAUCGCGAGAUCCAUCAUUUCUUGAAUCGAUACUUGCUACUGCAGAUGGACUAAUGCGUGAUCUAGCUCAUGAUAAUCGAGAAGUGAACACAGAUCAUUUUCCACAUGGUAUUAUUAUCAAUUCAAAUUAUCGAUAUGAUUGGGCAGAUUUAGUCGAUUUUGGAUACGUAAACAAAUGUCGGUUUUAUACAGAUGGAACAGCACCAUUAUUUCUACGUGUAUUUCAUCUAAAUCCAAUCUUUGAUGGUAAUCAAUGGAUAGAAAGAGAUCGACGCGGUGCAGAAGUUACUUUUCGUAUUGAAAAAACAAUCAAACAAAAGUUUAUCGAUGCAUGGCAACGAGAUAUCAAUGAUAAUUUUGCACAUGUAAAACAAUAA